AGGCAUGUAAGCUGCUCAGGAGCUGGCAUUUAGUCUGUUACUAUUUGUAGCUGUGCUCGGAGAUGGAUUGAGCCUGCCUGGCUGAGGUCAUUGCAUAAGACAGCGUGGUAGUGGAAUGAAUAGGCGAAAGACAUGAAUUACACACGUUUUUUGACAGCUGUGAGUGCAGCCAGGCAAGCCUCACCAAUAAGGGCAAUGACUGAUCUAUUAAUGAGGUCUCCGCCAUCAGUCAUAUCACUGGCAGGGGGAGCUCCAAAUCCAGAUACAUUCCCUUUUAAGUCAGCCAGCGUUACCUUGAACGAUGGGACAGCUGUUGAGAUUGGGGAAACUUUAAUGAAGAAAGCUCUACAGUAUUCUGCAACACCAGGCGUUCCAGAAUUGGUUUCCUGGUUGAAAGAAUUUCAAAAAAAGCUGCACAAUCCACCUACCCUUACAUACAGCGCUGAAAAAGGACAGAUGGCCAUGUGCGUCACUACUGGCAGCCAGGAAGGAUUGUCUAAGGUAUUUGAUAUGCUUGUAAGUCCUGGAGAUAACGUUUUGGUAGAUGCACCAACCUAUUCUGGAACUCUGGCAGCCAUAAAACCACUAGGAUGCAACCUUAUUGGUGUUCCCACCGAUCAACAUGGUAUUAUUCCUCAGGCUCUUAAAGAUAUUCUCUGUAGAUGGAAACCACAGGAUGUUAAUACACCUGAAAAGAAAUCCCCUAAAAUUCUUUACACUAUUCCGAAUGGGGGCAAUCCCACAGGAGCCUCUCUGACCACAGAGCGCAAAAUAGAAGUCUACAAGAUUGCACAAGAAUAUGAUUUGAUAAUUGUGGAGGAUGAUCCCUAUUACUUUCUGCAGUUCAAUAAGCCCUGGGCACCAUCAUUUCUAUCAAUGGACGUUGAUGGUAGAGUUAUUAGAGCUGACUCCUUGUCAAAGAUCCUGUCUUCAGGACUGAGGAUUGGCUAUUUAACUGGGCCUAAGCCACUUAUAGACCGGAUAAUACUGCACAUGCAGGCAUCAACCUUACAUACAAGUGCAUUUACUCAGGUAAUAGUACUGCAACUGCUGGAGAAAUGGGGUGUAGAAGGUUUCCUGGAGCACAUUGAGAGUGUCAUACAGUUCUACAGGUCACAGAAAGAUGCCAUGCUUGCAUCUGCAGAUAAGUGGCUAACAGGUUUGGCUGAGUGGCACAGUCCCACAGCAGGCAUGUUCUUGUGGAUGAAAAUCCUGGGAGUUCCAGAUACUCAUCAAAUGAUCAUGUUAAAAGCAAUAAGCAAUGAGGUUCUCCUGGUCCCUGGCUCAGCAUUUAAUAUUGACAGUUCAGAACCCAGUUCUUAUGUGAGAGCCUCCUUUUCCCUCUCUACACCAGAGCAGAUAGACCAGGGACUGGAGAGACUGGCAUCUCUUAUCAUUCAAGAAAGAAAAUGAACCUGUUAUUUGUAAGGCUACGACGGGUCAUGGGGGACGGAUUCAAAUAAGCAACUGUUCUAGAAUCUGUUAUCUUUAGAACAACAACGUAAUGAAGAUGUAUUUUAUUAAGCUGCUGGAAUUUGUUCUACCUAGAACAAAACAACUUUAGGAACAAAUGUAUAAUCUGCACCAGAUUAAAAUGCAAUUGCUAUAAGAAUCAUUAAACCAUUUUAGAUCAUUUCUGAAAUAAAGCAAGAAAACAUUUUGAAAGAAAGAAGAGUCUGAUGUAAUGUUUCUCUUUGUAUAGACCACCAAGAUG